AUGGCUCCAGAUGCGGGAAAAGACUCACAGCUGACACUCCCACCGACACGCGGGCCUCUUCAAGUCCCGCUCUCAGGCCGCCUCCUGCUAGACAGUCCGUUCUACAACAAAGGCACGGGUUUCACGUCGCAGGAACGGCUAGACUUCCGCCUGAAAGGCCUGUUGCCCACCAAUAUCCAGACGCUUGACGAGCAGGUAAAGCGCGCGUACCAGCAGUACAGCAACCAGGGGGACGACCUGGCGAAGAACACGUUCAUGACGUCCAUGGCCGAGCAGAACACGGUGCUCUACUACCGGCUGAUUCAGGACCAUUUGAAGGAGAUGUUCAGUAUCAUUUACACGCCGACCGAGGGGGAUGCGAUUGAGAACUAUUCGCGUGUUUUUAGGAGGCCGGAUGGCUGCUUUUUGAGUAUCAAGCAUCCGGAUGAGGUGGAGGAGCGAAUGAGUAAAUUUGUGAGAGAGGGGGAUCCGGACGGUGGGGUUGAUUAUAUCGUGGUCAGCGACGGGGAGGAGAUCCUCGGAAUUGGUGAUCAGGGGAUUGGCGGUAUUCUUAUUAGCGUGGCGAAACUUGCACUCACGACUAUCUGUGCUGGUCUACAUCCGGAUCGGACACUACCCGUCGUGUUGGAUACAGGCACCGACAACGAAGACCUUCUGAGUGAUGACUUGUAUCUGGGCCAUCGUUUCAAGAGAGUCCGUGGGGAAGCGUACACCGAUUUCGUCGAUCGGUUUGUCCGGACUGCAAAGAAACUGUUCCCAAAGGCAUACAUCCAUUUCGAGGAUUUCGGGCUUACGAAUGCACGCACGCUUCUGGAUAGAUACCGAAACGAGACGGCAGUAUUCAAUGAUGACAUUCAGGGCACAGGCUGCGUCACGCUUGCUGCCAUUAUGGCCGGCCUACACAUCAACAAGGUGAAAAUGGAAGAACUGAGAGUGGUUAUCUUCGGUGCAGGAACAGCGGGCUGUGGCAUCGCAGAGCAAAUCCAAGCUGCAAUCGCCACCAAGGCUGGGAAGUCCAAGGACGAAGUCGUCAGCCAGAUAUGGUGUGUCGACAAGCCAGGCCUCCUCCUCGAAUCCAUGGGCGACUCCCUUUCAGCUGCGCAGAAACCCUACGCUCGACCAUCAUCAGAAGGCUGGGAAGAUAAAGACCACAAGUCCCUCCAGGCCAUCAUCGCAUCCGUCAAACCACACGUCUUGAUCGGCACCUCGACGAAGCCCGGCGCCUUCACCAAGGAAGUCGUGCAAGAAAUGGCACAGCAUGUUGACCGACCAUUGAUAUUCCCACUCAGCAACCCAACACGGUUGCACGAGGCGAAGCCCCAGGAUCUGGCGGAGUGGAGUGAAGGGCGCGCGCUGGUGGCGACAGGUUCCCCAUUCUCACCAGUCAAGUAUGGCGGGAAGGAGAUCGAGGUUGCUGAGUGUAACAAUUCAGUGUGCUUCCCAGGAAUCGGAUUGGGAGCGGUGCUGAGUCGGGCCAAGCUGGUCACGGAUAAGAUGCUGGUGAGUGCGGUGACUGCAUUGGCAAAGGAGGCGCCAGCGCUCAAGGAUCCAGACCGAGGUGCUCUUGUCCCGGACGUUGAGGAUGCCAGACGGGUUAGUGUCAAGAUUGCCAUGGCUGUCAUUCGCUGCGCGGUCGAGGAUGGCCUUGCUCAAGUCCAGAAUAUUCCGGUGCGUAACGAUGAGGAUUUACAGGAGUGGGUGGAGGUCCAAAUGUGGGAUCCGGUCUAUAGGGAGUAUAAAAAGGUGUAG